CCUGCGCGCGGGCGCUUCCGCAGGAAGAAGGAAGCGGCGCCACUGUCGCCUCCUGGAGUUCCCUUCCCACCUCCCUAGUCCGCCGGCCGCCACCAUGUCCGCCUCCGCUGUCUUCAUCCUCGACGUUAAGGGCAAGCCCUUGAUCAGCCGCAACUACAAGGGCGACGUGGCCAUGAGCGAGAUCGAGCACUUCAUGCCUUUGCUUAUGCAGCGGGAGGAGGAGGGUGCCCUGGCCCCACUGCUGAGCCAUGGCCGGGUCCACUUCUUGUGGAUCAAAUACAGCAACCUCUACUUGGUGGCCACCACCCUGAAGAAUGCCAACGCCUCUCUUGUGUACUCCUUCCUGUACAAGACAGUGGAGGUAUUCUCUGAAUACUUCAAGGAGCUGGAGGAGGAGAGCAUCAGAGACAACUUUGUUAUCAUCUACGAGCUGCUGGAUGAGCUCAUGGACUUUGGCUUCCCCCAGACCACCGACAGCAAAAUCCUGCAGGAGUACAUCACGCAGCAGGGCAACAAGCUGGAGACUGGCAAGUCGCGUGUGCCGCCCACUGUCACCAAUGCUGUGUCCUGGCGCUCAGAGGGCAUAAAGUACAAGAAGAACGAGGUCUUCAUCGAUGUCAUAGAGUCAGUCAACCUACUGGUGAGCCCCCACACCCAGCCCGUCACAGCCCCGGGCCUUGGGAGGGGGGCCCUAGGUCUGUUGACCCCCCCCCCAUGUGUGCCUCUUCAGGUCAACGCCAAUGGCAGUGUCCUGCUGAGUGAGAUCGUGGGCACCAUUAAGCUCAAGGUGUUUCUGUCGGGAAUGCCUGAGCUGCGGCUGGGCCUCAACGACCGCGUGCUCUUUGAGCUCACUGGCCGGAGCAAGAACAAGUCCGUGGAACUAGAGGAUGUGAAGUUCCACCAGUGUGUGCGGCUCUCUCGCUUUGACAAUGACCGCACCAUCUCCUUCAUCCCACCCGAUGGUGACUUCGAGCUCAUGUCCUACCGACUCAGCACUCAGGUCAAGCCGCUGAUCUGGAUUGAAUCUGUAAUUGAGAAAUUCUCCCACAGCCGCGUGGAGAUCAUGGUCAAGGCCAAGGGGCAGUUUAAGAAGCAGUCGGUUGCCAACAGUGUGGAGAUAUCUGUGCCCGUUCCCAGCGAUGCUGACUCCCCACGCUUCAAAACCAGCGUGGGCAGUGCCAAGUACGUGCCAGAGAAGAAUGUUGUUAUCUGGAGCAUCAAGUCUUUCCCGGGAGGCAAGGAGUACCUGAUGCGUGCCCACUUUGGCCUCCCCAGCGUGGAGAAGGAGGAAGUGGAGGGCCGGCCCCCCAUCGGGGUCAAGUUUGAGAUCCCCUACUUCACUGUCUCCGGGAUCCAGGUCCGAUAUAUGAAGAUCAUCGAGAAGAGUGGUUAUCAGGCCCUGCCCUGGGUCCGCUAUAUUACCCAGAGUGGCGAUUAUCAACUUCGUACCAGUUAGAAGGGAGAAGAGGUGGGGGCUUGACCGUGGGCCACCCUCUCCCCAGGCCCCCGACUGAAGACUCUAUAAGAGGGAGGCAGGAUGGCGUGCAUGUCUGUGUGUGUGAGGGCAGUGUCUGAAUUGGUAGUUUCCUGCUCUCAGCACCAGGCUGGCUCCCAGCCUUUUCUUUUACACAUAGGCUGGGAGGGGUGGUUUCCCUGUCUCCAGGCUCCUGCCCCUCCCCACCUCCAAUUUUAUAUGAAGAAAUAGAAGAGGGGCUUGAAGUCCCCCUCGUGAGUGCCUUCUUGCAGUGACCUGCCUUAGGAGGUGGGGGGAGGGUGCCCCUCCUCCACAAUUGCUGAGCCCAGAGGCCCCGCUGACCCAUUCUGAGUUUUAGGAUGGCAUUAAAAAAAAUUAAUCUA